ACACAGGAGUGGGUGACAGGAGACUGCAGAGGGCAGGUCUAGGGCAGGAGGUAGAGAGAGGGCAGGCCCAGGGCAGGAGGAGGUAGAGAGAGGGCAGCCUGAGCACCCCAAGGGGUGCCUUGAAAGCAGGUGGGGGCAGGGAGCCAAGGGGGCGGGCCAGCCAUGUCCCACGGGACCUACUACGAGUGUGAGCCCCGGGGUGGCCAGCAGCCACUUGAGUUCUCAGGGGGCCGAGCUGGGCCCGGGGAGCUGGGGGACAUGUGUGAGCAUGAGGCCUCCAUUGACCUCUCUGCCUACAUCGAGUCUGGGGAAGAGCAGCUUCUCUCCGAUCUCUUUGCCGUGAAGCCAGCGCCUGAGGCCAGAGGCCUCAAGGGCCCCGGAACUCCUGCCUUCCCCCACUACCUGCCGCCUGACCCUCGGCCCUUUGCCUACCCCCCGCAUACCUUCGGCCCAGACAGGAAGGCGCUGGGGCCUGGCAUCUACAGCAGCCCAGGGAGCUACGACCCCAGGGCAGUGGCGGUGAAGGAGGAGCCCCGGGGGCCUGAGGGCAGCCGAGCCACCAGCCGAGGCAGCUACAAUCCCCUGCAGUACCAAGUGGCACACUGUGGGCAGACAGCCAUGCACCUGCCCCCAACCCUGGCAGCACCUGGCCAGCCUCUGCGCAUUCUCAAGGCCCCUUUAGCCACUGCCGCACCCCCCUGCAGCCCCAUCCUGAAGGCGCCAUCCCCAGCUGGUCCCUUACACAAGGGCAAGAAGGCGGUGAACAAAGACAGUCUGGAGUACCGGCUGAGGCGGGAGCGCAACAACAUCGCCGUGCGCAAGAGCCGGGACAAGGCUAAGAGGCGCAUCCUGGAGACGCAGCAGAAGGUGCUGGAGUACAUGGCAGAGAAUGAGCGCCUCCGCAGCCGUGUGGAGCAGCUCACCCAGGAGCUAGACACCCUACGCAACCUCUUCCGCCAGAUCCCUGAGGCGGCCAACCUCAUCAAGGGCGUGGGGGGCUGCAGCUGAGCCUGGCUGGUGGACUGUGGGCACCAGGCUCCCUUGCCCAGCCUGACUCUGGGGACCCCCAUCCUGCUGGGGGCCUAGAACCCUGAGACAUAGACCACGGACAAAUGGCAACCAGGGUGACAAGGAAGGGCAGGACCCAGCAUUAUGAUGUGGCUGAAUAAAGUUGUGAUGUGAUUGGGUG